AUGCACAUUGAGACACCCCUCAAAGUAACCAUCUGCUGCCACGAACACCACAAGAGACGGCUCGAGAGCAUAGCGGACAAACUCGGCGAAGCAUGGGCGGAGCUCAUCAUUUCAAGAAAGGUCGAAUUCAUGACACAAGACAUGGUGGACAUGCAGCGUGCCGAGAUUGACAGAGAAUGGUGGAUAGCCGCAAGGCUUGUGGACAAUAACCUUGUAAUCCAAGCGCUGGUUCACGAGUCGUUGACACACAACACGCCGUUUUAUCAUCCUUUCAUGGCCAGCAUAUUUCGACAGGUGGAGCAGAGCCGCAAGAGUUUGAUCCUUGCCGGCCUCAUUCACGCAGAGCCCUUGCCGCCCUCGGCGCGGUCGAAAAGCAAAAAGGAUGCCCCCGCUGAGGCUCAGCCCGGGCUCCGACAAUCUCCAUCGCGCCCGUCCCUAAAGGCAUCCCAUUCAUAUACCCGAGACCCACGUUUUGAUUAUUUUGAUCUUUCCAACGACGACGAAGACUAUGGUUUUGACGAUGAGGAGACAGCGAUUGCUAUUAACCUCGAUGACAAUCUUCCCAGCAAUGAAGAAUUGGGAAUCAUUUCUUAA